UUUUGCAACGAAGGUGACAACAACUUCUGCUCGAGCUCAAUGAUGACGUCAUCGGCCACAUCGCCAACCAAUGGCGUCGACAAGAACAAGAACGAGGAGAUGGUUGCGACCCCCGCCAAUUGCCCGUACCAGCUUUUCAAUCAGGAAGUUGUGUGGAAUGGAAAAUGGAUUCAAACCAGACAAGUCGGGUUUAAGACUCACACUGGACAGGUCGGGGUGUGGCAAUCGGUGCACAGAAAUACGAAGCCCGUGGAAGCUUCAGCCGACGGUGUCUCUAUUAUUGCUCGUGUCCGGAAGCAGGGAAAGCUUUAUAUUGUUUUGGUGAAGCAAUAUCGUAUCCCGUGCGGAAAACUGUGCCUCGAGCUCCCCGCUGGGCUCAUCGAUGCCGGCGAAACGGCUCAACAGGCCGCCAUUCGUGAGCUGAAGGAGGAGACGGGAUAUGUCAGUGGAAAAGUCGUGAUGGAAUCCAAACUCUGUUUCCUCGACCCGGGGCUCACUGACGACUCUCAAUGCCUUGUCGUCGUCGACGUGGACGGUGAUGCUCCGGAAAACCAGAAUCCGGUACAAGUGCUCGACUCGACCGAAUCGAUCGAGGUGCUGCUCGUCGAGCAAUCCGCACUGAUGGCCUACGUCACCAAUUUGGAUUCCUCUUCCAUCGUCGUCGAGUCCACGUUGCUCGCCUACGCGAUGGGCAUCCAAUUCGCCACGAUCUAGGCAAUAAUUCUGAAUUUCCUUCUUUUUUUUUCAAAAUCCUUUUUUCACUUCACCCCGGGAACUCUAAAAUGUCUCAAUUAUUUUUCAAUUCAUGCCGAUAAAUGGAGAAAAAUUCAU